GCCUCCCUUCCAAGGUAGAUACAGAUCAACUGGGAGCCUCGCAACAUCGCUGACUGCUUCUACUAACAGUCCUGACGGGGCCGGGAGUCCGACUCCUCAAAAUAAACCGACGAAGUGUCCACUCUGCGUCAAGUCACAUGAUCUAGAAGAGUGUAAGGACUUCCUGCACAAAGAUGUCGAAGAAAGAAAGAAAUUCAUAGCGGAAAAGAACAUGUGCUUUGCCUGCUAUGGCACGAAUCACCGGUCCAAGGGCUGUACCAACAAAAGAACCUGUGCAAAAUGCAAAAAGCCACAUCCAACAACACUCCAUGUAGAAAACUUCAGCAUCAAAGACCGUGGUACUAGCAAAGGUGACAAACCACCUAACCCUGUCAGCAGCGCAUGYACAGACACGAAGAGCAGAGAUYAACCAGCUCGUUCAGUCGUUCUUCAAGCUUUAAUUCCUGUUACAGUUACAAGCAAGGAAGGGAACUCGGUUACCUCCUACGCCCUAUACGACAAUGGAAGCUCCGACACCUUUAUUACUGAAAGCCUAAUGGAUGACCUCAAGACGGAAGGUACAGAAACUACUYUGCGGCUCRGAACCAUGCACGGACGYAGCGUGGAAAAAAGUUUCCUCRUCAAAGGUCUGACUGUUACCGACAUUCAAGGCAUGAACCCAGUUCAGUUACCUAACUGCYAUACAAGACACGAGAUACCUGUCUCACACGAUCAAAUCCCUACUCCUCAACURAUCAGUAAGAUGAGUAAUCUUCGUUCCAUAACUGACAUGAUUCCUAAUCUUAUACCAAAUGUAGAAGUUGGAGUUCUUAUAGGAUGUAAUUGUCCUCUUGCUUUAGAACCGUUAGAGGUCCUACCAAGUGGGGGAAAGGGACCCUUUGCCAUGCGCUUAAGACAUGGCUGGACGGUGAACGGUCCUCUUCAGGUAUCCUCAGACGUACACUAUGUCAACAACAUAGUAGUGAAAGAAUUUGAAAGUUCCAAGGAGAUUAUUCUCCCUCAACAGAUCUUGAACAUGUUCGAACUUGAUUUCAAUGAUCACGCAGUGAGUACUGAUAUGCCCAGUCUGUCUAAGGAAGAUCAAGCGUUUCUUAAAACUGCACACRAAAACAUCAACCUUGUAAACGGUCACUACGAGUUGCCACUACCCUUUAGAGAGACUGAAGUAAUGCURCCAAAYAACAAAGAACAAGCUAUUAAACGAGCAAACUGGCAAAGGAAGAAAAUGGUUCGAAACAAGCAAUAUCACCUCGACUACACAAAGUUCAUAAACGACACCAUAACCAAAGGCUAUGCAAGCAAGGUCCCGGACAACGACUUGAAGACCAGCGAAGGAAAAGUGUGGUACAUCCCUCAUCAUGGGGUGUACCACCCGAAAAAGCCAGAGAAGAUAAGGGUCGUGUUCGACUGUAGCGCGAAAUACAACGGCGUCUCACUCAAUGACAAGUUAUUGCAGGGUCCUAACCUCACUAACUCCCUAAUAGGGGUCCUAUCUCGCUUCAGGCAAGAGCGAAUCGCUUUCAUGGCCGACAUCGAACAAAUGUUCUAUCAGGUUCAAGUACCAGGACACCACAGGGACUUUCUUAGAUUUCUAUGGUGGCCCAACGGGGAUUUGGAUUUUAAUUUUACAUGCUUAAUCGUCACAUUUUUUUGUCCAGUUACAGGUAAACCCGGUCAGAAGAAGCGUUGUACCAUAACACUAGAAGAGGAGAAAAUUGUCCUAGAGGCCUAUAAGAUCUGUACCGGUGGUURGAGUGAGAUGCUUCAAUUUGUUAAAGGCAAAGUUGAAGAAAUUAGAGCUGGAGACGUAAUGAAGCAAAGAAAGCUCAGAGAUUAUUACAGGGAAGCAUCUCAAAAGUCAGCCAUAAAAAGAAUGCAACGGAUUGUUAACAAGAAGGCAGGAAAAGUAGACGAAAUACCGUCAGUACCGUCUACAAGCACUAACAGGGUUCACUCUGACAGCAUGGCCAAUUCCAUCAUGAGGGCUAAAGUACGAUACAGCCAAAAAGCUACGCCAGAGCAACGAAAACCAAAAAAGUUGGAUCUCAUGYUGGAAGAUAGCUGUAGUUCUUCAGACGAGGACAGCCAAAUAACUAUGUCACCUGAGACAAGCGUGAAAGACACGACACAAGAAUCUCAGCCUCCGCUGCCAACUAAAGUCUCAAAGAAGAGAAAAAGAAAUCGGGGAAAGACCGCUAGAGAGUCCCACGAAGCUCACACAAAAAUGUGUGAGCGUGCUAUGGGAAUGAUGGACAAAAUYACUACAUUGUUAGACAAAUUUGAAUCCGAAAGUGAUUAG